AUGGCGCGUCUACUUUUCGUCGCAACGUUCGCCGUGCUGCUGGCGGUGGCGUCCGCAGGUCAAACCGUGGUGACCGGACCCAACAACCCGGCGGUGAACCUGGACAAGGCCAAGGGUGAGAAUGGCGUGGCAACCGAGGUCCCUCCUGGCAUCGAGAAGGCGGCGGCCGCCGGCGGGCUUGACAAGUUCGAGGGAACGACGAUCGACCUGGGCAAGCCCGGGGAGGGCGCGUGCACGCCGGCCAACUGCAGCAAGGGCGGCAUCGCCGCCAAGUGGAAGACGUCGAACCUGCUGAAGAACAAGCUGGGCGUGGAGGUGUACGUGAAGGGCAACCCGCUGACGCUGAAGAAGGCGUCCCCGCAGACGUGCUGCAACACGUGCGCGGGGUACAGCAGCUGCACGUACUGGCAGUACAUCCCCGACAUCACGAUCGACGGCAAGAAGACGGAGGGCGCGUGCUACCUGGUGCACGACAACAUCGACUACUCGUGCGGCGACAUGACGGCGCAGUACGCGACGGACUCGAAGCCGGUUCAUCUGCAGGUGCGCACGGGCGGCGAGUGCAACCCCGCGGCAAACGUGGUGAACGACCCGCAUCUGGUGGGCGCGUACGGCACGCACUUCGACUUCAACGGGCGCCCCGACAAGGCGUUCUUCCUGCUGACGGACAAGGACCUGCACGUGAACAUGCUGCUGCGCGGGUACUACUCGGACGACACGGAGAACGCGGCGCUCGUUGUGGACGGCAAGGCCGUGCACACGUGGAUUAAGGAGCUGGGCAUCGUGUGGUUCGCCAACGGCGCCGACCACAAGGUGCGGCUCGCGGCGCGCUCCGGCAAGCAGCAGGAGCGUGGUGAUGGGUUCAUGAAGACGAUCGAGAUCGACGGCGAGGAGAUCCCGAGGAUGCACGUGGGCGACGAGGUGACGACCGAGGGCGGGCUGACUCUGCGAUUCGCGGCGCUGGAGAAGGAGGGCCCGUAUGACGUGGACUACUACACGCUCACCAUCGACGGGCUCGUGGCGCUCGACCUGCGCCUGCGCGUGGCCAACCCCAAGCUGCAGACGCCCAGCGAGGCCGAGGCGCACAUCAACGUGGGGAUUGUGGAGUUGGAGCACACCGACGACGUGCACGGCGUGCUCGGUCAAACCUACCGCCCCGACCACGCGGCUCGCGCCGCCGACUUCCAGCGCCUGAUCGCGAACCUGCACCGUCCGGUGUCGGCUGACAGCGCGGAGGGCGCUGGGUUCCUUGACGGCACUCCCCGGCUGUACGAGUCGAGCUCCGUGCUGUCCGUGGACUGCGCGCAAACCGAGUACCACCGCGCCAAGCAGCUCAGCCCCGUCGAGGACUUCCCCAUGGAGCCCCUCAACUAA